AUGGCUCAUCAUCGUGUGGUCCAUUUCGGGGGUCAGCUCGUACAUCCUGGUCAGUCCUUCGUCAGAGGCGAAGACCCCGACGGCAAUGCUAUCUACUUGACGUUUACGACCGAAGCACAAUCCAUGACUACCCUGAGGCGAUCCUCGAGCCCGACAGAAGAUGGAGUACAGGUCUCCGAGCUGCGCUGGAACGGAGACCAGCUCGGAGCCUGGGUCUCGACGACGCGUAGCAUUAACCGGGAGCUUCCUAUGAGUGAACUGGCCGAGGUGACGCGCAGGCCACUGGGGAUGCGCGCGUUCAUGUCAUACAGUGACGGCGGUAAUGAGUCCAGCUUCAUGUGGGUUCGACUCCCAGGCGCCUUGACCGGAGAUACGCAUUCAUACGACCUCGUCAACGAAAGUAGCGGUGUGGAGAUUGGCCGUUAUAGAUACCAUGGCCCACUAGCACCGCCUGGAGGAACCAUCACAUACGCGACUUUUGAAUAUGCCUUUCAUAACAAAUCCCUCUUCCUUGAUGCCAUGAUGUCUCUUUACAUCAAUAGAUAUCUAGACGCCAUGGGCCGUAUCAUCUAG